CUUAAAAUCGUGAUUGGUAAUAUUUAUGAGUUAAGUACAUGAGUUAGGUUCGUAAUCCAAUAUAAACACAUUGUUAUACAUACCUUUAUCUCUUGAGAUUCUUCAAGGGUUAUUUUAAUCUCUUACAAAAAUCAUAACUUCGAAUAUCAGCCAAAAAAAGGAUCAGUCUCGUUGGACACCACUUGUUUGUUUCCUUUGUUUUUUUUAAAAGAGGUCUUUAUCCAGCUAUCCCACUCUGCUCUUCUUCUUUAAGCAUUUUGCAUUCUUGUUUCUUGGUUUUGUGUUUUAGUUUUGAGAGAAAAUGGGACAGAUUCCGAGGUUUCUUUCUUGGAGGAAUAUGUUGGUCCUCUCGUUGGCCAUCAACUUCAGCUUGAUUCUAAAGAUUUUGAAGGGUGAUAGAGAACGAGGAGAUUCAUGGGACAGAACAGCGUAUGUUAGCAUAUGGCCCGUGGUAUCCACCACGGCUUCAGAAUCUUCUUCGUUGUCUUCAGCAUCUUGCAACUAUAGCAAGAUUGAAGAAGACGAUGAUAGAAUUAUCAAUCUCAAAUUUGGUGAUCCAACGGUGUAUGAGAGAUAUUGGCAGGAAAAUGGAGAGGUGACAACAAUGGUGAUACCUGGAUGGCAAUCUCUUAGCUAUUUUUCAGAUGAAAACAACCUCUGUUGGUUUCUUGAGCCAGAGCUUGCCAAAGAGAUUGUGAGGGUGCAUAAGGUUGUUGGGAAUGCUGUAACGCAAGACCGCUUCAUUGUUGUUGGCACUGGCUCAACACAAUUGUAUCAGGCUGCUCUCUAUGCUCUCUCCCCACAUGAUGACUCCGGUCCCAUUAAUGUCGUGUCAGCCACACCCUAUUAUAGUACAUACCCGUUGAUUACAGACUGCCUCAAAUCAGGUUUAUAUCGAUGGGGUGGAGAUGCAAAGACGUACAAAGAAGAUGGUCCAUACAUUGAACUUGUUACAUCUCCAAACAACCCUGAUGGGUUCUUGAGAGAAUCAGUAGUGAACAGUACUGAAGGUAUAUUGAUCCAUGAUUUGGCUUACUAUUGGCCACAGUAUACACCGAUAACAUCACCAGCUGAUCACGAUGUUAUGCUCUUCACUGCUUCAAAGAGCACUGGCCAUGCAGGGAUACGGAUUGGAUGGGCUUUGGUGAAAGACAGAGAGACGGCUAGGAAAAUGAUAGAGUACAUUGAACUCAACACGAUUGGGGUUUCAAAGGACUCACAGCUUAGAGUAGCCAAGGUUCUUAAGGUUGUGUCAGACAGUUGUGGGAAUGUAACGGGCAAAUCUUUCUUUGACCAUAGUUAUGAUGCUAUGUAUGAGAGGUGGAAACUAUUGAAACAAGCAGCAAAGGAUACUAAACGUUUCAGUGUUCCUGAUUUCGUCUCUCAACGUUGCAAUUUCUUUGGCAGGGUCUUUGAGCCACAACCAGCAUUUGCAUGGUUUAAGUGUGAAGAAGGGAUAGUGGAUUGUGAGAAGUUUCUUAGAGAGGAGAAGAAGAUUCUAACUAAAAGUGGAAAGUACUUCGGAGAUGAGCUAAGUAAUGUGAGGAUAAGCAUGUUGGAUAGAGAUACUAACUUUAAUAUUUUCCUUCACAGGAUUACAUCUUCCUUUAAUUCAACUUUGUAAGUGCAUAUGCAUGUGAUUAUGAUCGAUUGUCAUAACUUGCAACAAGUGUUUUGCUCCAUAAAUAUUAUUGGAAAUUUGAAUAAUGUGAAGGAUCAAUCAAAGACCUAUUCAUCAAACCAUCUCUGAUGAUAUGAAUGAGCAAACAUUCAUUCACUACGACACAACCGAGAGUUUGUUCAAGCGUUGUCAGCAUUUUGGUCUGGAACUUUGUAAUCUCGAAGGAUCAGAUCCAACAUCUCAUAGCUUUUUCAGUAUUAAAUUCCAGCCUUAGGUAAUCCUUCAGAGUCAUAUCAACAUUUUUGCUACGGAAGGAUCAUUGUCGCUACCUUCCAUUUUACAUUUGUGUCAGCUUUAUUCACAGCACCGUUUUUUAGCCGCAUCAACUUUCUUUCUUUGUAUAAUUCAGAAG